GUCACAUGACUUGGAAAUCGGAAUCGGAAUCGGAAGUCACUCUGCUGAAAAUAUGGGCGCUGAGAGAAAAGGAACAACUACCAAAAGACAACAAUGCAGUUAUUUUGUUUUCUAAAAUAAUUUUAUUGCCGCUAAUUCCUCGAUAUUUCGCCCGCCUUUCCGAUAAUGAAGCUGCGUGUCCAGCUGCAGUGCAAGAAUUUGCAUGAAUACCUGAGAGAGCUGAGUCCAGAGAUUCUGGACAGACUGUACAACCAUCCAGCAACAUGCCUGGCUGUCUACAGGGAACUACCCUCUUUGGCCAAGAAUUAUGUUAUGCGUAUGCUGUUCCUGGAUCAACCGCUCCCCCAAGCGGCAGUGGCAUUGUGGGUGAAAAAAGACAGUCAGAAGGAUCAUGAUGAAUGUGUCUCAGUGUUGGCAGGACUCCGCCUUUGGCACAGUCAGCAGCUGCAGGGUGGUCUGCAGGGAUACAUUUUAAAUCCAGUGUUCAAAGACAACCUAAGGAUUGCUCUGCUCGGCGGGGGGAGAGCGUGGGCUGAUGAAGGCAGUACUCUGGGUCCUGACCGCCAUGCACGGGACAUUGAGAGUCUUGACCGCUAUGCUUUGGAGCGCUGGGAGGUCAUUCUGCAUUUCAUGGUGGGUUCUCCCAGUGCUGCUGUCAGUCAGGACCUGGCUCAGCUGCUGGUUCAAGCAGGCCUCAUGAAAAGCGAGGCAGGGGAGGCACCUUACAUCACCUCAGCUGGUUUCCAGUUCCUCCUACUGGACACAGCCUCUCAGCUGUGGUACUUCACCCUGCAGUACCUCAAAACCGCUCAGUCCAGGGGGAUGGACCUGGUGGAGAUCUUGUCAUUCUUAUUCCAGCUCAGUUUCUCUACUCUGGGCAGAGAUUACUCAGUGGAGGGCAUGAGCGAGUCAUUACUCACCUUCCUGCAGCACCUGCGGGAGUUUGGACUGGUCUUCCAGAGGAAGAGGAAGUCGAGGCGGUACUACCCCACCAGACUGGCUAUCACUCUAGCUGCGGGGGUCACUACCAGCUCCUCCUCUUUGUCCUUGUCCUCCUCCUCCUCCUCCUCCUCCUCCUCGAACUUGGCUUCAACUCCUGGUACUGGAGAUGCAGGCUUCAUUGUUGUGGAAACCAAUUAUCGUAUCUACGCCUACACAAACUCAGAACUUCAGAUUGCUCUGGUGGCUCUCUUCAGUGAAAUGCUGUAUCGCUUUCCCAAUGUAGUGGUAGCCCAGGUCACAAGGGAGUCAGUACAACAGGCCAUUGCCAACGGUAUCACUGCGCAGCAGAUUAUCCACUUUCUAAGGACCAGAGCUCACCCUGUCAUGCUCAAACAGACCCCAGUGCUGCCUCCAACCAUAACAGAUCAGAUCAGACUGUGGGAGCUGGAGAGAGAUCGACUGCAGUUCACAGAGGGAGUGCUCUAUAACCAGUUCCUCUCCCAGGCUGACUUCGAGGUGCUGCGAGACAGAGCUCAGGGUCUGGGCUGUCUGGUGUGGCAGGACGUGGCUCACAGGGUGAUGGUGGUGACACCGCAGGGACACAGUGAGGUCAAGAGGUUCUGGAAACGACAGAAGUCUCACACGUGAAUGAUGACACCUCUGCUCUUUCUUUUUUUUUUGAGUAGUUGUGUAAUUAGCAGAUGAGCCACUGAUAAAAUACUGUCUUAUAUGCUACAAAUAAAGCAAAAAAUAUCUGAACAUGGAUUUUGAUUGCAAUACUAUAAUAUUGACUGUGUUAGUUAAGGGUACUCUGUAGACUGCUAGUAAGGGCUAUGGAACAAUAUUUUUUUUACAAGUGUGUUCCUGUUUUAUGGGUAUAGUGCACAUGGACAAGGAUGCACGUGCAAGCAUGUGGACACAUGGACAAUGUAUAAUCGAUAGCUGUUAAUCCAAUAAGAAACUUAGCACUGUGCCACCAACAGCUGCGAUGACGACUGGUAGCUAAUAGACAUGGACGCACGAUUUAACAUAUUUGAAAAAGAGCUUUGCAAAUGUUUUAUGAGGAAACAAAUGCCUUCAACAAGUUUGUUGGUCCUCAAGGACACACACUGCACCGUUCUAUGAACAACCGGAUGUAAACUUAAUUUUUUGUUUUACAAGAAAACACCACAGGGACCUUUAAAGCCUUUCACCUGGGCUCAUGGAUUGCUGUUAUUGUCUGUUUCUGCCGGUGUCAAUGCUGUUAAAAACCACUCAUGUUUGUAGGAGGAGGUCGGUCAAAAAUGUUGGUAAAUGUUCCUUGAUUUCACAGCAUCACUGUGCAAAAUGAUGUAUGAACAUAAUUUGAGAGGCUGUUUUCACAUGCAUCUGAAACUGUAAAAGUUCACCUUAAAUCUUGCUCGUGUGAACAAGCAGGACCUUUUGACAUAACAGUUUGAAAGCCAAUCACUCAUUAUACAGCUUUCAUAAGAAUGGUAUAGAAAGUUGAAGCCUCCAGGUGACAUACUACACACUGAGAGAAGUAAGAGACAUCUUGUGUCUGGCAAAUAAACGUUUGCAAUUAACAAUA